AUGGAGGCGCUGUCGCAGUCGUUCAACCAGACACUGGAAAGUCUCACAGGACAUCCGACUCCUGCGCAUAUCCUCUAUGCUAAUCUCGAUACCUCGAAACUCACCUACGCCGAGCAGCUGUGGGUGCAGUGGUACCAGUACUGGGGUAACCCCGUGAUUGCCACAGGAGUGAUGAGCUUCCUCCUGCACGAGAUCGUGUACUUCGGCCGCUCCAUUCCAUGGAUGAUCAUCGACGCCAUGCCGUCGAUGCGCAAGUACAAGCUGCAACCCAACUACGUACCGACCCUCGCCGACCAGUGGCGCUGCACGCGCCUUGUGCUCCUCAGCCACUUUACCGUGGAACUGCCCCAGAUUUGGAGUUUCCACCCUAUCUGCGAAUACUUUGGUAUGACGACACACGAAGUGCCGUUCCCGAGCUGGACCAAGAUGGUCUGGCAAAUUGCCCUCUUUUUCGUGUUCGAAGACGCAUUCCACUACUGGGCCCACCGUACCAUGCACUUCGGUCCCCUCUACAAGCACAUUCAUAAAUUGCACCACGAGUAUGUCGCGCCUUUCGGUCUCUCGGCAGAGUACGCACACCCGUUGGAGGUGCUGGUCUUGGGUAUGGGCACCAUCGGUGGACCCUUCCUUCUCUGCGCCUUCACCAAAGACCUGCAUAUCCUUACCGUGUACAUUUGGGUGAUCCUGCGUCUGUUCCAGGCUGUGGACGCCCACUCUGGCUACGACUUCCCCAUCAGUCUGCACAACUGGAUUCCUUUCUGGGCGGGUGCGGAUCACCACGACUACCACCACAUGGCCUUCCUUGGCUGCUACUCGACCAGCUUCCGCUGGUGGGACCACUUCCUCGGAACGGAUCGCGGAUACCAACGGGUUCGUGCUAAGCAAAAGGCCCAGAAGUUGCGUGCCGAGGCAGACGAACUGGACAAAUACGCCGCCUCGCUCAAGAUUCAGCGUGAAUAA